UCUGUGUGUCAACGGGAGAAGCAUCUACCCACCCCAAACUUCUGCGAUCGAGAGCGAGGCGCGCGGGAAGGGAGCGUUUAUUUAUGAAAAGCAAAUUCAAAGUAGGGUGGGUGGAGAAAAAGGAGAGGAUGACUAACAAGUCUUUUUUCAAUUCAGCUCCGCCGACAGCCGACGAGGAACUCGUCAUCACCUCUACUUUUGGGACCCUCCUGUCCGUCGUGUACGUUGUCGGGGUGUCCGGGAACGUGUACACGUUAGUGGUGAUGUGUCACUCCAUCCGCUUCGCAACGUCCAUGUACAUCUCCAUCAUCAACCUGGCUCUGGCGGACUUGCUCUACCUGUCCACGAUCCCGUUCGUGGUGUCCACCUACUUCUUGAAGGACUGGUACUUCGGCGACGUUGGCUGCCGCGUCCUGCUCAGCCUCGACCUCCUCACCAUGCAUGCCAGCAUCUUCACCCUCACCGUCAUGUGCUCCGAGCGCUACCUGGCCGUCACGAAACCGCUGGACACGGCGCGCCGCUCCAAGAGUUAUCGCAAGGCUCUGGCGUGGGGCGUGUGGCUCCUCUCCUCGCUCCUCACCGUACCCAUGAUGGUCAUGGUGGCCCAGACCAGCGUCAAAUCGCCGGACGGGAGCGUGAAGAGGAUGUGCGCGCCCACAUGGGCGCCCCUCGCCUACAAAGUCUACGUGACGGUUCUGUUCGGUACCAGCAUCAUGGCACCGGGUCUCAUUAUCGGUUACCUGUAUGUCAAGCUGGCGCGCACCUACUUAGAGUCCCAGCGAAACUCAGUCAUCAGCAAAGGCGGGAAGCGCUCGCCGAAACAAAAGGUUCUCCUCAUGAUCUUCACGAUCGUCUUGGUGUUCUGGGCGUGUUUCCUGCCCUUUUGGAUCUGGCAGCUGCUGCCGCUGUACCACAGCAAGCCGCUGAGCCUGGCCUCCAGGACGCACACCUGCAUCAACUACCUGGUGGCCAGUCUCACCUACAGCAACAGUUGCAUUAACCCGUUCCUCUACACGCUCCUCACCAAGAACUACAGGGAGUACCUGAAGAACAGACACAAGAGCUUCUACAGGUACACGUCAUCGUUUAAGCGGCGGCCGCCCAGCUUGUAUUCGUGCGGCAAGGCCGCGUCCUCCAGCAACCAGUUCGAGUUCACGUCUGAGACGCUCGUCAUGGGGACGUUCAAGUGAUGCGCUGCGGGGGGCCGCUUGGAAAUGAAGUGGAGGAUUUUCAGGAAGU